AAUGGAAGUCAUGAACAAAAACUAACAUGGUCCGAUAUGCGAUAUCCUAAAUAUUGGCCGAUACAUGAUUUCAGCUUAUACUAAUAUUCACCGCUGACAAUAAUCAUUCGAGUUUUAAGAAUAUCUGAACGUUACAGGUUAAUAUUAAAUGUUCUAUGUAUUUGUAUAUACAAGGCGAUUCGCUAAGCGUGCACACCUCAUAUGUUUUCAGUUAAAUUUUGCAUACAUUCAAAUUCUGAUUUAUGGAAUUUUUAAGUGUUGAUAUUUAUAAGCCGAUAUUUACGUGUAUUUAGAUUUUUCCCAAUAUUCAAGAAGUAUCGCCACAGGAUAAUCCCGUGAAAAAUCCAAGUAAUCGAAAAUAUCGGCUCUAACUACACUUAAAAAUUCUAAAAAUCAGAAGUUGAAUAUAUACGAAAUUUAACCAAUAUAUUUUAAUUACAUGUUGUCCAAGGGCUAGAUUACAGAUUUAUAAACAUUUAUAUGAUGACGCAUGAGGUCUACUUAUAAGUUACUAAUAGAUUUUUUAAUAAUAACGAAAAACCGUAUUUUAUUAUUAUUGGUAUACGUAUAUUAAGCAGGUAUUUUAUCGUGAUUUAUUUGUUAUCUUCGACAAUAAUCAUUACGGUACCUACAUAAAAAUGAACUGCAACAAAAUUGUAUUGCACCCUGUUCCAAAAGAGGGCAUACCGCUUUCGCGACCAGUUUUCGUUCGCAUCCCCACUGGGUAGCACCGGUCACGACCAUAGACAACCGCGAGAAACAUCAUUCCUUAGAGGAAUAAUACGUUUCUUAACGUGUAUAGUUUCAAAGUUCAAAGUGACAGGUAUAUAAUUGGGUACACGUGAGAUAAACUCUAAACGUGUUUAUUAAUAAAUGAACUGUUUUCGUACUCGACUGGGAAAAACACAUAAUAAUAAUAAUAUAUGUAAAACUCCCCUCUACCAGCAGAAUAAUAUUUCUGGCCGUGGCAAUGUAAACGGUGUCCUUGUAUUCUAGUCGAAAUGUAUGGUAUAUACAGUAUAGGUAAUAAUAUUAACAGCAAAUAAAAAUACAAGGUAAACGUAUCAAUAUAAAUCGUAGGGUAACUCAGUAUCGAAUGCGAGAUGGGCAAAAUAAUAUUUUAUUAAUUUAUUAUUUCCACACGAUUUUGUUUUUAGUUGCAGGUACCCGCGUCGAAUACAACAUGGGGAAAUAUAUUUAUUUUGUUUGUGCGGUGUUCGUUGUGCGGACUGUGUCCACCCAAACCAGUACAAGUGAGUGUACAUACUUGUUAUCAUUUUUAAAGUUAUCUCUUAAUCGGAAACAUGUUAAUCGUUUUUUUCCUUAUAAACUAUACAUAGUUAUAACGAUGUAUACAUAUAAAAAUAACGUUAAAUAAAAUUAUAAAAUAAAUACUUCCAUCAGUUAUUCAUUUUUAGUAACCGUAAUAUACAUAUGCAUAUUACAUUAGUUUAUCAAAUACACAAAAAUUGUUUACGUCAAUAUGUGCUUAAUUGUAACAAAAAAAAAAAAAAAAAAAAAAAAAAAUACUGAAAAUCAUUGUUUCAUUAGCUGCAUUAAGCACAGUUUACCUUUUUCACGCGGGUUAGUGAUAAUGUUAUUAUUAAACGCAUUAUUAUAAAUUAUAAUUUAUAAGACUAAUAAGGUACUAUAAUAAUACUUUAACAUAAAAUUGAUGAAAAGGCAAAAACACAAAUUAUAAUAUUUGUCGACCACAUAUUACACUUCAGGAGUCUUGUAGAUGUCAAUGACAGGUGGAGAAAAAAGGUAAGGGGGGAGGAUUCAACUUCUCCCCCCUUACGCACGGACCUGUUUAUAUUAUAUAGUUGUUUUGUGUUUAUUUAUUACUAAAUUAUGUUGAUAACACAUUGAAGAUACAAAUUUGUUUGGUUUUUGAAUCUAUUCAAUGCAUUGAUAAAUCACGAUUGCAAACGAAAAACUAUUCUGAAAGCAUUUAUAUUUUCUACAUUUCAUAUGAUAAAGAAUCGGUCAUUUUGGAAAGGCCAUUUCUCCAUACUUUUUCAAUUAGUUUUAUGUGAUAGAUGUGUUUCACUAAUAAUAAUACAUAGUUCCUGCGAGACCGCCAUAUCUUCGACAAUUCAUUAUGGUCUAAAUUUAUUUGAUGCGCUCAAAAAGGCCAUUUCUCCAAAAAAUCUUUAUCAGUAAUAUUAUUCGUUUUUAAGAAGAAAACCUUGAAGAAGAUUUUUAAGAAAUAUAAAAAGUUAUACAUUUGUUAUUAUUUUUUUUUAUUACUAUUUAGUAGUUUAUAAAUAAAAUGCAUAAUAUAUUUUGUAUGACUUAUUAUUUAAUUUUAUAUGGUACAAUUUAUUAGAUUCGCAAGGUUAUAAUCAAUGAAAUUUGCAAUCCAUUGGAAAAGGCCAUAUUUCAAACACGUUUAUUUCUUCUUAAAAUAAUAAAUAUUAUAGUAAAUUUGUUUAUUUUAUAAGGGAGUUAAAUAAUUCAACCCCCAUUCAGUUUUUAUCUAACUUAACUUUGAUAUUGAUCUCUAAAAACAGUUUUUUACGUUUUCUGAAUAUUUUCAUUUUCUUUUUAUGGAGAAAUGGCCUUUUCGAAAUGACCUAUUCAAUUAUUAUUGCAUUCACAUAAAACAAAAAAUAGUGUGACUUUUCGUGAUUUUGAAAAAGGUUAGGUUUCAUAGCAGGACUCCUACAUUCAAUUUAAUUAUUAAAUAGUUAGAUUCUAACCUAUUAUGGCGUUAAAUUUUAUUCAUAGAUUGUUCGACGCCGUCUAAUCUUGAUGGUGUCUGCAUGGAUUUGAAUCUCUGCCCGUCGCUUAAAGCGUUGUCCGAAGAACAAAAAAAAAACAGUUCCGUUAUAAGUUUUUUGCGAAAUUCUAUUUGUGGAUUCAAAUCCAAACAAUACAAAGUUUGUUGCCCGUUGGCGAAUGAAACGUUUUCAGUACUUAACACUAAACUAAAACCUGAAGUUCAGGAGACAAUAGUAGACAAAUUGUCGUCGUCAACUAGUUCACCACCCGUGAUCGAAAACGGACAAGCCAAUACGUUCAUAAGAAAUGCAGAAGAUAAAGGUAAAUAAAGACUGUAGAAUUAUUUAACAAAUAGUCGUAUGCCCGUUAUAUGACGGGUUAUAAUGACCGUUGCAAUGUUUAAAAUAGCUUAUUCUAAAUUCAUAUGCUUCAAAUCUUUAUGACGAAAACUUUUUUCAUUUGAAUUUCAAUGAUACUAAAGUUUUAUCUUUGCUCUCUAUCCAUCUAUCUUAUGCUUUUUCACGCUUUCAUCAUGAAUUUUCUACUAUCGCUUAUACACAUCGCUUAUCUAUCCCAUCUUAUAUCUUAUCAACAUUAAUAUAUCACUUAUAGCACCACUGCCACCUUGACCUUCACUCUCAUUGUAUAUUUAGUUCCACUCUCUUCAGCUGCUUUCCACAGUUAAACUUAUUUCACAAUCUUCCCCCCCCCCCGUACCAUCUUAUUCCGUCCUAAACCUAAAGUUUUGACUAUUAGGUACUAUUAAGUAUAGAACAAUCAUAUUAAAUCUAAUAAACAUUUAAAUAAUUUACUGAAUAUUGUUAGUUAUUUACUAAUUUUAUUGAUUCCAAUUGACAGAAUGCAAAACCCCGGACAAAUUAAAUGGCAUUUGCAUAAACAUUCAACGUUGUAAAUUGCUAGAUGACAUGUAUUUGAAAAAUAAUAAAAACCAAUCUAUUGCAAAUUUUUUAUCACAAUCGUUUUGCGGGUACGAAAACAGUUAUCCUAAAGUGUGUUGUCCGUUAAAUUCGAAUUAUGAAACAGUAUGGUCACCUCGUUUGCCAUCACGGUCAACAUGUGGAGUACCCGGUAUUUCUAGCGACAAAAUCGUCGGCGGACACAAUGCGGAAUUGGGUAAGAACGGAUAAGAUAAUAUUUACAUGUUGUAAUCAAUUUUUAGUGGGUUGGUAUUUUUGAAUAUUGCGUUAUUGAAUUAAGAUUAUAAUCCUACUCUAUUACGGGACUCGUUCCUUUCUUUUAAGGUGCUUGGCCCUGGAUAGCAGCCAUAGGAUACAAAAACAUGUAUUACCCGAGAAUUAGCCAUGAAUGGCUAUGCGGUGGAACUUUGAUAUCGAAUAUCUAUGUAUUAACCGCUGCCCACUGUACGAUCGGCCCUGCUCUUAAAAAUAAACAAUUGUAAGUUGACAAGUUUUUUUUAAACGAAUCGCCUAAUUAUUAAUUAUUCUUAUUUCUUCACUGUUCGUUAAAUCAUUGUGUGAUAUGGUAGUUAAACGCAGUUCUGUUGAAGAGGUUGAAACGCCCAUUUUUCAUAAGAUUUACACCAAUAAGCGGUGGGAAAUUAUGUCCAUUUCUUAAAGUCCGAUUUUAAUUUUGAAAGUAUGUAUGAAUUUAUUUACAAGUUGAAAGUUGUUUAGAAAGUCGAUUUUCAAUUUUCAGUUUUGGAGACCUUCAAAAUUAAAAAAUUCGUUUUUCGUGAAACAAUCACUUUUUAGAACACUCGUGAACGAUUAAAUUAUUAUUUACAAAUUAUUAAACGUUAAUAUUAUUUAUAGUUUUUUUUUUUUUUUAAUUACUUUUGCUAAUUCAUUUUUUCGUUAUGUUUGUUAAAAUUUACUUAUUUUCUUUGUGUAAGUUAUAUUUAUUUUUGUUUGUUUAAAUUGUUUUUUCAAUUAUAAAGUGGAUCAUAAUUUGCUCAUUCAACAUUUUUCUGUACACAUUGAAAUCCAUCUAAAAGAAGAUUUGAUCACUCGAACUGGCAGCCUCGACGUAAUUAUGUAAGUUCGUAAUUUUGGGCACAAUACAUUUUAAAUCGAAAAAUGUACUUUUUAAACAACCCAGAUAAUCUGUUAACAAAUGCAUGUAUUCUUUAAAAAUUUAAAUCGGACAUAUAGAUACUUCCAUAUGUUUAAUUUUCCAUUUUCCUCUUAAAUAAUUUUCGGUUAAUAUAUUUAUGAAAGAAUUUAAUCAUUAAGGUGGCAAACAUAUUUUUCAAAUUUUACUAAAUUUUAUAAGUUAAGUUUUGAAAAUCGCAUUCAACCCUCUAAUAUCUAUUAUUACUUUAAAAUUUUACGUAAAUUUCAUCGAAUAUUUUUUUCUUAAUUUUUAUUUUAGGGAGCUUGUGCGUUUAGGUGACUUAGAUUUAAAUCCUGCCGUGAAUGAUAGUGCUACACCCAUUGAAUAUGCAGUUCUACGUAUUAUAAGACACGAAAAAUAUGACGGUACAAAAUACAUUAACGACAUUGCGUUACUAAAACUAAACGAUAGUGUUACUUUUACCAGUAAGUUAUUUUAAAAGUUUGUCCUUUUUAGAGCUAUAGGUAUAAAAGUGUGUACUUUUAGCUAACAUUUACUCAAUACCAAUUAGUAUUUGCGUAUAACAUAUGCAGAAUGCAGAAACGAUCAAUGUGCCAUUUCCCAGAAUUAUUCCAGAUCUUGAAACAUAUUAAUUAUUAUAUUGUUGUACGAUUGAUGAUUUUUCCGUUAUACGUUAUAUAAUAUAAGUCAUUUUGUAGAUUUAAUCCGACCUAUUUGUUUGCCAAUUUUAUCGAGGAUAAGAGAAAGCACGUUUGUUGGACAAUUUCCAUUUGUUGCUGGUUGGGGCUCCACAGAAUUUCGUAAGUUUUUUUUGAUAAAUAAAGUACCUAUCCAGAAACGUAACUAAUGCAUUCAGUAAGUAUAUAUAUAUAUUUUGUAUACGCAGAUUUCAAAACUUUUUUACCUACAUACACUCGUAUAUACUUUCUUAGCAGGUUCGUGAAAUUUGUUUAUUGAAUGUAAAUUUAGGAAAUGUAUCAUAAAGAAUUAUAUACAUUUAUAAAAAAAAAAAAAAAAAAACAGUUUUUCAUGCUGAUCACUGGUGAUGGGUGUACCACAGUUGUAGGUAAGAAUAUAUUGUAAAGUAAUUUAUUUUACAUCUAUACAGAACGAUAAAUCAUUCCUUACGAAUAAACAUUCUGAACGAAAUUUGGUUGAACAUAUUUUUAAUUGGUGUGAUUUUUGGCGAUUUUAAAACGCUUAUAAUAAAACUGCUAUAUUUGUUGAAUUUUUUUAUACUAGGUAAGUUAAACUAAUGAUGAAUUUCAUAUUCAAUUCCCAAGCAGUUCUGUUUAGCCAAAUAAUUUUAUCUACAUCAAAUCAAAACUUUUUCUGUUCCUUCGCCUUCAUUCUAACUAAUUUGGAGCCGGCCACCCUCGUCUUAAACUUCCGAUCUCCCAUCUUGCAUACACUGGAUGUCCUCAUAUUCUUUAUCGCGUCUUUUUCGGUCUUCCUCUUCCACUCUAUCCUCCUACGUUGAUUUUCAUUACAGUUUUUACUAUUUUUGAUUCAUGUCUCCCAGUGGCGCACCCAUGGGGAGGCGGUUUGGAGCUAUAGUCCCCCCAUAUUUUUUUUUUUAAGCUUAUAUAUUAUUUUGGAAAAUUGAUUUUUCAGAAUUAUUUCAUGGUGAUUUUUUUUUUUUCGAAUUUGAUUAUUAUAAUUUUAUAAUAUUGAUUUACAGAUUUAUGAUAAAUACAGAUCAAUAGUUAUAUUUUGUACAUGAUAAAGUUUGUGGUAAUCACCGAUCAAUUAUUUUGUUGAAAAUUAUUUUUAAAUUUAUGUUAGUACUAUAUAGUGAUGGGCACAACUGACUAUUUAUUACUAUCGAUUACUAGUCGGUUUUCAUAGAAUACUACCGACUAAUUUGUUAACUAAUAUAAAAUCUUUGAAAUAAUUCAAUUAAUUAUUCGUUAGUCGACUAAAAAUUAGUCAUUAGUCAUUAAUCGAAUAAAUUAGUCAAUUAAUCUCUAUUCACUGCAUAUUAUUCACAAAAUGGGUUGUUGUCGGGCGUCGGGGCACGGCAGUGAAUAGUGGUGUCAGUCGGCGAGACAGAUGUUUAUGGAUAGUUUAAUAUAUUUUUAAAAAACGCACAUACUUCGCAAAACAAGUGAGCCACUUUUGUAGGUGACAGCUAAAAUAUUUAUAUUUGCUUUUUCUAGGAGUGGUAAUAUUUGAGCCUUUUUUUUAAUGUUGCGAGUGUUUUACGUAAUUUUUAUUUGGUAUGUACUCUGUGGAUAAAAUUGUUGGGCUAAACAGACAAGAAGUUCAUUAUAAGUCGUACUUAGUGGUAAAAAAAAAAAAAAAUAAAUGUAGUCGUUAGUUGAUUAAAAAUUAGUCAUUAUUCAUUAGUUAGUUGAAUAAAUUAUCUCGUUAGUUAGUUACACAGUAUACUACCGAUUAUUAGUUCGUUUAGAAUCGUUUUUCAUUAACAAUGGUUAAUCGUUGCGUAUAAGUAUACAUUAAAUUUCACCUUUACCUUUCCAAUUUCUCACCUACAACAGUGACCCGCCGUGCCGAAGUAUGUUCGCAUCUUUUUUUUUAUAACUAAGAACAAUUUUUGAAUUGUUUGCUAUUUGAAUUCAUUUAAAAUGCGUAGCGAUUUUGGCAACGUUACUUCCAAUAUCACGCGCAAUCGUAUGCUUUUGAAGGGUGAAAAUCAUGUUCUUUAUUAUCCCGGCACCGUGCGCAAUUGUAUAAACUUAAAGGUAAAACGCACACUAUCGUACUGCAUCCCUUCCUACAAGGAAAACGGUAUUGUCAAUUGUAACGUGAAUACCACAACCCCACAGAAACAAUACCAUAUGCCUAUUGGAAUCAUCCACCUGGCAUUUCCUUCAGUAAGUGUUCGGGAUCCCAGAUUCACUAAGCCCGUAGAAUUAUAUGCCCCCAAGUGUUUUCGGUUUCCUUACGUUUUUUUUACGGUUUUUACCAAUGCCUUUUCGAGUACUAACUGGACAAAAUUGUCUAACAGAAAUCACUCUUAAAGUUGAUUAUCGGAGCAAGAUUUCUGGUAGAAAAUUUUUUUACUGACCGAACAAAAAAAACAAAAAUAGUAAACCGGUACAUUCGGGGCUACGCCCAAAAUAUAGUCGUCAUUUAGAAAAUAUCGUCGUUUAUCCAACACGGUUUUAAACCACUGGAAACGUAUAACAAUAUCUUUGUCUUAUUAAGAUAAUUAGUGAUAAUUGUGACUUAUACACAACAAAUAUUUUAAUUUUAUCGUUCCUGUAUUAGAUCCAGUUUCUAUAUUGAUCAUAUUAUCGUCUUAUUAUUAUAAUUUUAUAAUUGGUAAUGCAAAUUAAGAAGAGACUUUUUGUGCCAGGAAUAAAAAUACUUAAAGAUAUUAAUUUAAUAUACAUACUAUAUCAUGUAGCUCUUAUUUUAAACAUAUUUAGGAGGAUCAUCGAGUUCUGCUUUAUUAGAAGUUCAAGUACCUGUAAGAGAUAAUGAUGAUUGUAAAAAAUUGUAUGCCAAUCUGUCGAAUGUAAUCGACGGACGAGUGUUAUGUGCGGGGGAAGGUGAUAAAGAUUCUUGUCAGGUAUAAUUUAAUAUCAUAAUAACUUUUUUUACUGUACCUAUUCAUUUUUCUGUAUAUUUGCCACGAGUGAUUUCAGGGUGAUUCUGGAGGACCUUUGAUGUGGCCAACGCCAACUCAUUACUAUUUAGUGGGCAUAGUGUCUUCCGGAGUAAGAUGUGCCGCCAAAGAAUUUCCAGGUGUAUACACUAGGGUGUCAGCUUUUAUCGAAUGGAUUGUAAAUAAUAUGAACAACAGUUGAAUUGUAUAAUAAUAAUAUCAUAACAAUGUUGUGAUAAUGUUCUAUUGAAGUCAGUAAUCAUUUUAUGAAAACUGACACUUGUAACUUAAAAAUACAUUAUUGUAUUAGUCAUAUGGAUAAUACAUACUAAACUAAAAUGUAGCGAUUUGCAAUAAAUUAUUAUUA